GCAUCUAAAGAGCAGAAAUGCUAUUGAAUGUUGUUGUUUCCGUAUUGUCACUUCGAAACGAAGGGUUGCUGAUCGCUGUGUUCAACCGGAGUACGAAGUAAAAUUGGAGGCCUUUCUGUUUAUUUGUUUAAAAAAAAAGAAAAACACUGAAAGGUUUCUGCUAAUAUGUUGCGUAAGCGUCCUGUUAAUCCAUCUGAAGAGAAUAAUUUUAAACCUACUGCCCCUGAAAAGACAAAACCUAAUACCAAAUCAAGAACUUUCAUUUUUAUUCUACUACUUCUCAUUAUUUUUGUUUUGUAUGUUGUAAUACCAUUAUCUGUUUAUACAUGUCCUACAGUGAGACGUCAUGCUGUCUUCCUAAACUAUGUGAGUUUAUCACGCCAAAAAAAUCUUUCAUUGCCUUCAGAAAGCGGAUUAAAAUGCACCAAAAAUUUUUACAUUAAGACUGGAGAUGAGAUAAAAGUAGGUGUAUGGCAUGUACCACCACAGUCGGUUCUCUCUAAGUGCAAAGAUUUGCUACCGGAUACUGUUGCAUUUAAAGAUAACCGUCCUGUCUUUUUGUACCUGCAUGGCAAUGCAGGAACUAGAGCUGGUCAUCAUAGGGUUGAAUUGUAUAAACUCCUGAGUGAAAAAGUGGAUGCACAUGUUCUAGCUUUUGAUUAUCGUGGCUUUGGAGAUUCAAGUAAUGUCUCACCAACUGAAGAUGGAGUUGUUGAAGAUACUAUGCAAGUUUACAACUGGUUAUUACAACGAGUUAAUGCAUCUCGCAUUUUUGUUUGGGGGCAUUCUUUGGGUACAGGAGUUGGAGUUGCCUUUUUAGAAAGGAUGUCUGAUUCUCCUAAUAAACCAGCAGCUCUAAUUCUUGAAGCUCCAUUCACUAGAAUCAUUGAUGCAGCCCGUCAUCAUCCCCUUUCCAUUUUUCAUCGUUACAUGCCAUUUUUCGAUAUCUUUAUUGCCCAACCAAUUGGAGAUAAAGAGACUGGCUUCAACAGCAUUGACCGGAUUGAUAGAGUGAAAUGUCCUUUACUAAUACUUCAUGCAGAAGAUGAUGGAUUUGUACCUUUCGACCAUGGGAAAAAACUAUACGAUGUAGCUGUAGUUGCUAGAAAAACUUCUCCUUCUCAUGAAACUCAGUUUGUUGGUUUUGACAAGAAACUCGAUCUUGGGCACAAAGACAUUUACAAGAGCCCAGAUUUGCCAAAGAUCAUUACGAAUUUUAUAAAAUCUAUAGAUUCUGGUUUAGUUUAAUUUUAAAUGUAAUUUUUACUUUUUUUUAUAUUAGUUAUUUUAGAAAAUAUUAUUUAUUUGUAUUUUAUGUAUGGUUUAAAAAUAAUUUGUUACAUAUUUAUGAUGCAUAUAUAUUGUUUUUUUAAAAUGUUUUGUUUAUAAUUUAAAUAAUUUUUUUAUUUUGUUGGCAGAAGAAAAUAAAUUUAACUGCCUUAUUAUUAUUUUUUUUAAUGCAGUGCAUUUGAAAUUGAUUCUCAUCAGUAAAUGUUUAAAAAUGUUUUCAUCCUUAGAUUCUUAUAUAUGUAUAUAUGCAUGUUAGGAUUUGUUAAGAAUAAAAGAUUUUGUGGAAAAUAUUAUGAUAAAAGGAGAGGAAUCUUUUAAAAAUAUAUAUGAUGGUGGUGUUACUCUUUUCUUCUAGUUUUAUUUGAAAUCAAGUUAAUUAUUUUUUUAAAUUUAAACAAAUCGGUUUAAAGGAAAUAUGCAUGUUAUAGUUUAUUAUUUGACAUAAAUUUUAGAAUUGUUUCAUUAAAAAAAUUCUGUUAAUUCGUUUAAUAUAGAAAAGAGUAUAAUCUAAAUUGUUUAUAAUACUAAGAUAAAUUGUUAACUGAAAAAAUAAUUAAAUUUUAAUUAUUUAAAAAUUUUAUAUUUAAAAAUUUAAAAUAAUAUCCUUAAUUCCGUAUGAACAAAGAUGUUACUUAUUAUGAUGUUAUUGAAAAAUGCAAUAUAAUUAAUACUUAAAAUAUAUGCCUUAAUAUUAUAAUAUCAAACUGGAAUUUAUGAUGUAACAUAUUAUUCAUAUGGUGAAAUACUGUGAUACAAGUUACUAGUAUUGAAAAAAGUUACUAGUAGAAUUUCUUGCUUUAGUACUAAAGUGUGAUGUUUUUAACAUUUUAUAAAAGCACAUUCCUUUUCUAGAUAUCUUUUAAGAACCCAAAUAUAUGCUUUUAUGCAUUAAAAAUAGAAUUUGAAAAUGUUGUUGCCAUUUUAUUGAUAAUAGUGAAAUCUCUAUUGAAAAUGAUAGAUUUUUGUGUUUCUAUUUUUUUAUAUUUUUCUACAAUAUGUAGGUCACUAUUUAUAAUAAGAUUAUUUUAUGUGUUUGAAGAGUUAAGUAUGAUUUGGAAUCAAAUUAUAAGUAUGCAUUAUGUUUUAAUUAAUAUAUGUAUUUC